AUGACGUGGCCAGUGGCCUCCUGCCACGUGGCGAGCGUGGAUUCAUCGGGUGUGCUGCUAACAGGGUCGGUUGUCCGCGUGGUGGAGGAGGUGGCAGGUCCACCUGUGCGAUGGCGGCAGUGCAGGGCUGCCGGAGGGUUGGUGGGAGGUACCGGCAGCAGGCUGGGUGCCGGUGGUGGUGGUGGGGCCGAUGGUGGCAGCAGCAAAGUCGCCAGCGGGGAUGGCGCAGCAGACUGGAGGUGCGGGUCGGCAGGGCGGCACGGCAGGGAGGCGCAGCGGGAGGCUGCACGAUGGCGCGGCGGCUGCAGCGGAGGGAGUCGAGGCGCGUGGGAGGAGGGAGCCGCGACCGGGGGAGCUGUGGGCUGCGGCUGUAGCAGAGGAGCUGCUGGUGGGCAAUGA